AUGCUGAUUCUCCUGGGUCUGACCCUUAAAUGGGGGCACGCAGUAUUUGUGAUAAAGACGCCAACAACUAGUGUUUCGAAGUUGGUUGGCCAAAGUCUGAUUAAACCAAAAAGAAUCAAGCCUUAUCUAUCUAUCUAUCUAUCUAUCUAUCUAUCUAUCUAUCUAUCUAUCUAUCUAUCUUAUCUAUCUAUCUAUCUAUCUAUCUUAUCUAUCUAUCUAUCUAGCAAGUCUUAUCUAUCUAUCUAUCUAGCAAGUCUAUCCUAUCUAUCUGUCUAUCUAGCAAGUCUAUCCUAUCUAUCUAUCUGUCUAUCUAGCAAAUUUAUAUAUCUAUCUAGCAAGUCUAUCUAUCUAUCUAUCUAUCUAGAAAGUCUAGCAAGUCUAUCUUUCUAUCUACCUACCUACCCAUUUACCUUAGUCUGUUUCUAUUUAUCUAUCUAUCCAUCUAUCACCCUACCUACCUACCUACCUACCUACUUCAGUCUUUAUCUAUCUAUCUAUCUAUCUAUCUAUCUAUCUAUCUAUCUAUCUAUCCUUUUUUGGCUUCCCACGUCUCCGUUGUUGUGGUCUCCUCCCCUUCAUUGUGGCCUCCGCUUUCUCGCGCGUUUUUCUUAUGCAUCCUAUUUCACCCACCUCUUCUGUACCCCUCCUCCCACGUCUCGGAGGCGGCAACCACGAAGUGCCACCGCUACUGUUGCUGUUACUCAAGGAGAACGGUUCUGGCAGUGGUGA